CGGGCGGGCCCAGCGGCGGCUCCCGCCCUCCAGCCGCCUUGCUCAGGGCCCUGGCCACCUUCCUUCGCCUCUUUCCUUCCCUUCUCCUUCCUUCCCUCUCCUUCCCCCGGCUCCUCCGUGGCCUGGAGCGGUCAGCGCCAUGGCCCCGGCCGCCGACCGGGAGGGUUACUGGGGCCCCCCGACCUCCACCCUGGAGUGGUGCGAGGAGAACUACGCCGUCUCCUACUACAUCGCCGAGUUCUGGAACACAGUGAGUAACCUGAUUUUCAUUCUACCUCCAAUCUAUGGUGCGAUUCAGACCUAUAAAGAUGGCCUUGAAAAACGGUAUUUAGCUGCCUAUUUGUGUCUUACAGCUGUGGGAUUGGGAUCUUGGUGCUUCCACAUGACCCUGAAGUAUGAAAUGCAGCUGUUGGAUGAGCUGCCAAUGAUAUACAGUUGUUGUGUGUUUGUCUACUGCCUGUAUGAAUGUUUCAAGUACAAGAAUACAGUCAAUUAUCCACUGCUUUUCCUGUUAAUAACAUACAGCUUCGUAGUCAGCAUAGUUUACUUAAAUUUGAAAGAACCUGUAUUCCACCAGAUCAUGUAUGGAACACUAGUUUCCAUUAUAGUUCUACGGUCUGUUUAUAUAGUAUUAUGGGUAUACCCGUGGCUUAGAGGUCUAGGCUAUACAUCUUUAACUGUAUUUUUAAUGGGAUUUUUUCUCUGGAAUGUGGACAACAUUUUCUGUGAUAAAUUGAGGGCACUACGAGAGAAGAUGCCUCCUGUUGUGGGAGCCGUGACACAGUUUCAUGCGUGGUGGCAUAUUCUCACAGGCCUGGGCUCUUACCUUCAUAUCCUGCUAAGUUUAUACACAAGGACACUUUUCCUGAAACACAGGCCAAAGGUGAAGUUUGUGUUCGGGAUAUGGCCUGUUCUUCUCGUGGAGCCACCCAAGAAGCUCUGACUGAGACCCAGGCAGUCCCACGCGACCCCCUGGCCUGGCUGAAUAAAGCGAUUCAACAAUUGCCGUGGCUGGAUUGUCAGAAUCAUGGAUCUGUUCGAGUAUUGUUGCUAUCAAAGGACUUCUCGGUGUUACUGGGCCCGCCAGCCAGAGCAGAGCGAAGAGUUCGCACGCUAGGGAAAUAAUGUUUAGUAGUACAGCUUUAUUCUAAGUUGUUAAAACAAAGUUUAAGACACAAUAUUUUUCUGUAUAUAUUGUAUAGCUGGUGAUACUGAGCUAAUAUUUCGUGCUGGUCACAGAAAACUAACCAUUUUUGAAGUGGGUUGCGUAAGUUUUUCAUUCAGUUGUUCUUUCUGUGGUUUAAACUAAUAUUAGUAACUGAAUGAUAAAAAAAAAAAAAAAAAAACAGGUCAUCGAUGGCCAAGCUAAGUAUCUGUGUGGCCUAUAGUGAGCUGAAUGCUUAACCUGAACUACUUUAACCUUGCACUUUUAUACAAUUAAUGAAGUAUGUAAUGGUUGAUUUACGGCUUUAUUCUAGCCUUGCUUCUCCACAGCCUCCUUUGCUGUUUAAGUUUUAAGCAGAAAAGGUUGGGAUACAUGUGCCAUUUAGGUAAUUUUCUACCAAGUUUCCAUUUUCUCUUUAGUCCAGCUGAGGUACAUCCUGGAGGAUGUUCCAGGCUGUGACCAGGAGAAGACGUUUACGAUGGUGGAGCAUUAUAAGGGUUCUUGUUUGUGUAUGGAAACAGAAAUCCUGUUUUGUUUGAUCAGUGAUCCAUCAGGAGAGUGCAGGAUGACUGUAUAACCACAAGAAACGCUUCUAAAACGUUUUAUUAUUUACAUGCCUUCCUUUUCUCUCCCUGCUUCUCAUUCCCUGUAUUCCAUUCUUGAUACAGGUUGACAAGCACCACAUAUGUGUGCUCGAUCAGCUUUGAAUUCAUGCCUUUCCUAUUUAAAGAGUCUUAAAUAUUGGUCUGACUUUGAGAAUUGUCUUCUUAUUCAGGAAUAAUGAAGAAAGAGGAGUAAAGAACAAGAUUUACAUAGAGGAAACCCCAAAAUAUAAUUGGCAGUAUUUUGACUGCUUGCUCUCAAUCUUUCCAUUACGCAGUUUCCCUGCGGAAAGUUGAAUGCUUUUUUAAAACCAACCUUUGGCUCUUAAUCGGGUACAAACCCUCUGAUUUCUGCAACCUACUCAGCUGAUCAAAGUUAGUCAGUAAGCAUAAAGAAAACAUUGAACUAACAGUUUUUCAAAAUAUACCUCAUAUUGGAGGCUCUUGUUUUGUCUCCCCAGAUCUUGGGGCGACUACUGGAGUUUGUCUCUAGGCCUCCUGGCUGCCAUGCUAUGCAAUUUCUGAUGCUCUGAGGGAUUUGUCCUUCCUUGCCUUGAAGGAAAAAGGGAAAUGCUCAGACUGAUUGGAACUCCCGUUCUGCAUUGAUUUAAAACCUGCACGCAGCAGCAAGGCAUAGUUAUGUAGCUAUAAAGCUGUUUCCAGGAUCACAAAAUUCCAGCUACUGUAAGCUUCCUUGUGCUGACUAGUGGAAGAAGUCAGACUGAAAUCUGUGUUGUACAAUCAGUGAUAACUAAAAUGGUCUUUUCCCUUUAAUAUUUUUUUUUCUGCUUGUGACUUAGCUGUAUCCUCAAUGUCCAUCAGUAGCACCCGUACUGGUGCAAGUCUCCGAACAAAAUCAUUGCUUUUGGAUCUGGUGACUGGCCCUGAGCUCUUGGGAUCAUGCAGACCCAAACUCAGGGCUUGAAAAAGAUGCUUAACCUUGAAUGACUUCAGCAAGGUUUAAGCACGAGCUGAAAGCAGUGUAUUGCAACCUGUAAUCAGCAAACCACUAUAAAGAUACCUGAACAAAAUUUUUAAACAAAUCUGUUGUCAGUAGGCUCCAGUUCUGGGAAAUUUGAGGGGUCUUCAAACUGAAAGAGGUUGGAACAACUAGCACAGAGGGAGGAAAAGGCAGGUUUGGCCUAGAUGUCUGUAAUUACCCAGAAGGCAUGUUUUUUUGUAGAGACAUUUGAGAACCGUUUUUAAAAUGUAGCUUAAAAAUAAGUGCCUGCCUAUUCAUCUCCAGGCUCUUUCAAGUGUGUUUCUGCACCCUGUAUCUUAUUUUCUUGUUUAGUAUGUUUACAUGCUCCCAUAAAUUAGGGGAAAGAGUCCUGUAAAAGGAGCAGCACAGCAACUAGAUGCAUCAACAAUCACAAGUGACAUCUGCUAGACAUGGUAAUAUUUUUAAGACGACGAACAAAACCUGUAUUUUAUUGCCCUUAGUUUUGUUUCUGGAGGAUCUGAGGGCUCUGCUUUUUACUUCUUCAUAACUGCAGAAGUCACAGUAUUCUAAAAAGCCACUUUCUUACUGAUAAAGCAUCUCUAUAAUGAUAUAUCCUAAGGAAAUUUGUAGAUUCUCCCACACACUCGGAACAAGGAAGCACACGGUGUUUUCUUCAGGUCCUGUUGAAUUGUUAGGAUUUAAAAAAAAGAAUAAAUGGAAAAGCUCUUCUUAAUUUUAUGCUGCUGUUAGCUUUUCAUUUGGAUAUUCUUUGUCUCUGAUGGUUUUUAUCUUAAAAGCUUGUGCAAAUUGUGUUGUUCUUUCAUUCCAAAUGACCGACGGACACCCUCCCAGUAGCCUUUCUUUCAGGUUAUGUUAGACCCUGAAGAAUGUAAUUUAUAUGCAUAUCCUUCUAAGCAUAAGUAAUCUAAAAUUAUGGGUGCUUCGGGUUGACUGCCUUAUUGUAAGUGAUAUUGAAAACGGCAAGCCAAUUCUAGCUUCAUGUCACUGAAAUUCAGAAUAACUUUUCUAGUGCCUGGAAAGACAUAAGUCUUCACGACUGUCACUUGUUAGAGGUCUGUUAGACUGCUUUUUAUUUCCAUCACUUGAAUUAUGUGCCGAGUUUUUUUUUCCCUACAGUCUUAAGAGCAGCAUAUCCCAAACUUUUCUUGCACUACAACUUAAAAGAUGGGUCAUCUUUGAUCCUAUUUUUUUGAGUAGGAUUCAGACAGCAGCUACUUUAAAGGGGAUUACAGAAAUAGCAGGUGGCUUGUAAAAUGACUCCUACAGGCUGUGUUGGACAGACUUAAUGACAGUGAUAAACUCUUCAAUUCUUCAACGUCUGUGAAGAACCACGAAAUUAUCAUCUUGAGACCAUCGGCUUGGCACAGAUCAGCAGCUGAGAACUUCUUCCUUGCAAGUAGUAGAAAAAUGUCAAAACAGCUCUCCCAAUACAGAUCAACUCCAUACUUGACGCCAGGAAUCAAGGUUCUCUGGAUACAGCUCCAGACCUACGUUUUCAGCUAUAAAGAGGAGACGUGAGAAGGAGAAAUCUGCCACCAGGAGGAUUCUUGUCUGUGUUUUGGAGGCGGCGUUUGAAGCUGGCUCGCAGUAUUAGUCAUCUCCGGACCUCAUUCUGUUGCUUUUCCUUUAAGCACAAGGAAGUUGUGCUACCAGCAAGUGUUUAGAAGACUACCCCGUAGUCAGCAUUGGAUUAUGCAGUCUGUCACUUGCCAAUCUACCUCUGUCUUGUAUUUGUUCAGUGCCUGUGCCCUUAAUUAUGCCUGCCUGAAAAUGCAGAUGCUGGAGCAGCCUGCAGCCCCUGAGGUUUGCAGCAGUAUUGUGUGGAUCUGUGGCUGACUGCUCACGCUGCACAAAUGUCCUGACUCGUUUGGUGGCUGUCAGGCUCCUAGGUAUUGCUCUGUCUGCUCUUCCUCUGCACCCAGGAGUCUGGUUUAGAAGGGGAUGUGAGUAGGAGGACUUCAGUGCAGACAGGUGAAGUGAAACCUUUUUGGCACUAUAUUGUUACAGUUAAAGCUAAAGUGAUGCUUACAACUUGUUUGGCGUGACUUUGGAAAAGAUGUGUUAGGAAAUACUGUUCUAUAGUUAGUUCUAAUUAUCUUCUAAUCUAAUAUUGGGCUGUGUUCAUCCUCAGCCCUGUCUUGUUUGGCUGAAGGGAAACUGUGUGCCUCGAAAUGCGUUUGAUUCUUUGGCCAUAGUUUGCUCCCAGCACCUGGUUUCUAGCAGCUGAAGGAGUUUUUCAGCAAACUCAUCUAUGUGAAACUCAUAACAAGAGUGUCCUUCCAGUAUCACUUGUGUUUCUCACAGCCACGACCACAUUUUUUAGCUUGCAUUCAAUAAUUCCAGUAAGACAACUUUUAAACCUAUUUCUCCCCAUGGAUUUUUUUUUUUGUAUUUUUGUAACUGAGUGUAAUACUUGGGAGUGGAAGAUGAGCUGCAAUGAAGCAGCACUGCUGUUUUCUUCAGGACACCUCAAAAUCCAGGAACACACUAUCAUUUUGGUGAACUGUGUGCCCCAUAAUUUUAAUUGACAUAUCCAGGUAAAACGGUUGCUUUUCUUUAAAGAAAUCCGAUCUUCCCAUCUGCACUUCUAAAGUAGGCGGUGGGAGGCUUUAAAUGCAAAGCACUGAUUAACUGUGAGGCUUUCUUAGGAAAAGGGAUAAAUGAUGGAGUCUUUAUUACCCAGGGGAAGUGAAAGCCAGGAGGAGAUUAAGAAAUUGUAUAUGGAAAGAGAAUAAGAAAAGAUUAAGCACAGAAUCCCAUAGUAUUACGUCAACCACCCUCUUGAUAUCUGCACUUUAGAUACUUCUGUAACAAGCUUGAAUGUUUUGCUAUUUUUACGUUUAACUCUUCAUGCUGCCUGCGGUCUUUACUGUAGAGGUGAUGGAAUGAUGUUACAUUCAGGUCGUUGUAGAUUUUCAGCUGUUUUAUGAGGCUGGAACGUGACAUGAGUUGUCUCAUACGUGAACGAAAAUGCUUUUUACGCAUCUGGAACGCCCUCUGCCAGUUUUGGGAUCCUGUAAGGUAACUGCAGAGAUCAUACUGGGUAACCAUUGAGAUUGGGUUGGGGUUUGUUGGUUUGUCUCGCCCAGCCACUGCCUGCUGCUGCCAAGUGCCUGAACUCUCUGUUCUAAGUCUUUUCUGAGAGCUGAGGCCAUGUUUUUUCCCCAGGGUCUGCAGACAAGGUCCUUGGUAGGUUUGUGUUUUGUUAAAUAUUGUUCUAAUGCAGGAGUCGGAGUGCUCCUCCUUUUAGUUGCUUUGCAGAAACGUAGCUCUCCUCUUCCUGGCUGCAACCACGUGCCUCCCAGCUCCGUGUCCCUGAUGCUGUUGGGUCAUUCCCGAGUCUGGAAGCUGCCAGCUGGAUUUAGCCCCACAUUUUAAAUCAGUGACAGGCAACGUGAAGGCACAGCAGUCAAGCGAGCGCUUUAUGCAGAGCCCCGUUUACUAACUGGAGCUCCCUGCCUGAUGCUCUAGACAGUUCAUAUCUACAUUUUGGGGGGCAGGAUUGGUGCCUGAAUCUCAUGCUUUACUUCAGAACUCUCCAUUUAUACGUGUUGAAGGCAUCUAGCUUAGGUUAAGCACCUAACAGCAGAUUUAAGACAAAUCAAGAUGAGAAUCCAGCUGCUGCUGCACAACCCUAAACCAGUGCCUGCAAAACGUUUUGCGCACAUUUCGCACAGGUUGAGUCCACACAUCUGCCUGAUGCUCAGAGCAGGUUGUUGAGAUUUCCCGAAUGAAUCUUCAAUAAAGGGUCUUCCCAUUGUUUGUCCUUCCUCACCAGGACACGGGAAGAUGUGUAAGCACAAUCCGAGGUUCAUCCUUCUUUCCCCAAAGCCCUGGAACAACAUAGAUCUAUUUCUUAAAACCAAUAUUGUAUAGAGAUGGGCUUUCCAGCGUGCUCACAGAAAUCAUUUUGGUAGCAUGAUUUGCUAAAAUAACACCUUGGUCAGUCCCUGCAGAAGAAUAAAUAUCACUCCCUGGAUUUUGGAAGAGAAUUUCAAGCAGCAUAAGCAGUAGUUACUCCUCAGACUGAUCAGGAACUGUUUUUUUUUUUCUCUUGAUCUUCCAAACUGACGUUGACUCUUUGAUGUUAACUAUUGAACUCAGCUUCGUGCACUGAUGAUGCCUUGUUUACUGUCGUAGCACAUAACAUCUGCCUGCCUGUAAGGGACAGGAAAUAGCUGGCGCGUUAUGUGACCAAACUUUUUAACGUUGACACUAUUUAGCUGUAAUAUUUUGUCCUGAAAUUCAGCAUAUUGUUGCGGAGAUGGAUAAAUACACUGUGACAGAUGAAGAGCAGUUGACUUGUAAAACACAGCUGCAUCGAGCAACGUUUAUUGACAAUUUUGAUAAUACUCAACUGCUUCUUUGUACCAGAGCAACUGGUAACUAACAUUAGGCUUCUCUGUAUCAGCCUGUCUUGUUUUGCAAACACAGUAGCUUUGUAUAUUUAAUGUAUUUCAUUUGUUACUCAUGCUGCAGUCAAGCACUAAUUUGUGUCUUUAUAGUUCAAAUUAUUAAAGAAAUUUGUUUUAAA